AUGUGUGACGAUAACGCUCAACUGUUGAAUUCAAUGGAUCUAACGACAGAGGUGGAGAAAUCUCAUAUUCAGACGUUCUUCGCGCAAUGUAUUGGUCGUCUGAAAGGAUCCGACAAGAAGCUUCCUCAGGUCCACUUAAUGAAAGAGCUCUGUAUGCGUGGAUUUGCUGUUCACCACAGUGGAAUUCUACCAAUUCUCAAGGAAGUCGUAGAACUGCUAUUCCAGAAAGGAUAUGUUAAGAUUCUCUUUGCUACGGAAACCUUCGCCAUGGGUGUGAACAUGCCUGCACGAACUGUAGUAUUCGACAGUAUCCAGAAGCAUGAUGGCAUGGAAUUGAGAACGCUUAAUGCUGCAGAAUAA